UCACCCCCAAAGGGUCGCUGGGGACCCCCCGAGCGCCCCCCGCAGCCCUUUGGGGACCCCCUGACCCCUCCCACAGACCCCCUGGCUGCUCCUCGACUACCCCGUGGCGAUGCCCAGCAACCUGGAGCCGGACAGCGCCUGCUCCGACCUCUGGGGGCUUCACUUUGGGGCGCUGGCUCUGCAGCGAAUGCUGGGGGUGGCGGGGAAGGACCUGGCCCCCCUGCUCAGGACCCUCCUCGCCCAGCUCCGCUUCGUGGCCGAGUGCCGCAUCCAGGACCCACAGGGCUGCAUCCGGCUGGAGCGGGUGAACGUGUCGCAGCUGCUGGAGAGCCUGGCGCAGCACCUGGGGGGGCUGCAAGGGAGACCCCCUCACUUCCCCGGCUGUGCCCGCUUGCGCUGCCACCCAGGCCCGGCGCUGACCAGCCCAGCCGUGCGGCACGAGGGGACCUUGGGGGCCAGGCGGGGACCCCCCAGCCCCGCUGGACACGGGCUGCUGCUGCUGGGGGCAGUUGGGGGGGCCCUGGGCCUGGUGGCGGUGGUCUGGGCACUGUGCAGGAGACCCUGUGCCCAGGACGGCACCUGAGCGGCCCAGCGGUACCUGGGGACACACACGGGUACUGGGAGCGCUCCUGCGUACUGGGAUCACUGGGAACGCCCCCGGACCAGCGGGGGCUCACCCGCUGCCCCCGUCCAGGCUGGCCUGAGCCACUGGGGAGAGACGGAGACCCCCCAGCUGCCUGCUGGAAGCCCUCGGGGGCUCCACGGGACCCCCAGAGGCAGGGAGAGACGCGGGGCCCAGCGCCCAUAAAGCCCAUGCUGACA